UCAAGCAUAUUGUAAUUACGACCUAACCACACUGUCUCUAGUCUGCCGGCUACCAUGGCUACCAUUGCCGAAAAGGUCACCGUCCUUGAGGAUCUCCGCAGAGCGCAGCGUGCGAAUGGCCCGGCCGCCGUGCUGGCCAUCGGCACGGCAACCCCGGCAAACUGCGUGCUACAAGACCAGUUCCCCGACUGGUACUUCCGUGUCACCCGUAGCGACCACCUCACGAAGCUCAAAGCCAAGAUGACGAGAAUAUGUAACAAAUCAGGCAUCAAGAAGCGCUAUUUCCACCACACGGAGGAGACGAUCAGCAGGCACCCGGAGUUCCUAGACCGCGCGCUGCCGUCGCUCGGCGCGAGGCUGCGAACCACCGCGGACGCCGUGGCAGAGCUGGCCGCGGCGGCGGCGGGAGCAGCGAUCGCGGAGUGGGGCCGCCCAGCGGCCGACAUCACGCACCUCGUCGUCGCCACCAACUCCGGCGCCGACGAGCCGGGCGCGGACCUCCGACUCGCUUUGCUACUAGGACUCCGUCCGACCGUGCGCCGCACCCUGCUCUACCUGCACGGCUGCUCGGCGGGGCUCGUCGCGAUCCGCGUCGCCAGGGACAUCGCCGAGAACAACCGCGGCGCCCGCGUGCUCGUGGCCUGCGCCCACACCGUGCUCCUCACCUUCGGCGCGCCGGACGAGGCCCGCCUCGACGCGCUCGUCACCUCGGCGCUGUUCGCCGACGGUGCCGGCGCGGUCGUCGUCGGCGCCGACCCGGUGCUGCCCGUCGAGCGCCCCGUCUUCCACUUGGUGUCCUCGGCGCAGGCGACGCUGCCGGCGACUGAACGUACCGUGGGGAUCAGCCUCGGCGAGAGCGGCGUCGAGUACGGCGUGUCCGUGGAGGUGCCGGCGCUUGUCCGCGACAGCAUAGAGCGGUGCCUGGCGGACUCGAUGGCGCCGCUCGGCCUCGCGAACGCGAAAGACGGCGGCGGCGGCGGCGGCUGGAACUGGAACAGCCUUUUCUGGGCGGUGCACCCUGGUGGCCGUGCGCUCUUGGACAGCUACGAGGCCGCGCUGGGCCUAGAGACAGCGAAGCUCGCGGCUAGCCGGCGCGUGCUGGCCGAGCACGGCAACAUGUUGGGCGCGACCAUCAUCUUCGUCCUCGACGAGAUACGGCGGCGCCACCAAGAUGGUGGGGAGGAAAAGGUGGACUGUAAGUGGGGGAUCAUGACAGGACUUGGCCCGGGACUUACAAUUGAGACUAUAGUUUUGCAUACUGCCGGCAGCCGGAACGAAGACUAGCUUAUUAUGAUCACGGCUUCAUAUACUCAUACACAAGGGAUGCGCUACAUGGUUUGGGUUACUUAAACUACUAGUAUAAUGUCCGUUUAAAAUACUAGUAUAAUGUCCAUGCUAACGCUACGGCAGUACGGACAAAUCAAAUAACUAAAAGAUAUACUCCUUUCAGUCCUCUAAUAACUGACGUUUUGAUGUUGUCCUA